UUCAGAUUUUUACAUUACACGGCAAUUGAGGUUUUAUAGGUUUUCGUGGAGGGAAGCAGCGACUGCUCUGUGCCUCUGUUGCCGCGAUGAAAAUGUUGGAAGAAGGAGAACAUCAAACUAAAAUUGCCCAGAAACAGAUUAAGUUUCAAGAAGUGAUGGAGAAGGUGGAAGAAGAUGCAAUUAGUGCGUUGCCUGAUUGCUUGCUUCAGGAAAUCCUUUCUCGUUUACCCUCCACAAAAGACGCCAUUAAAACAGGUACACUCUCCAAGCGAUGGAAGCAUCUUUGGACCUCCAUACCUACUCUCAUUCUUUCACAUUCAAAUUAUCCCAUAGCGUCCUAUUGCGCUUUAUCGGUGGACAAAACCCUAGCUCAAUGUCGCCAAUUGAAGCUCAAGAAAUUUGAAGUACAUACUUUUUUUGAAAUUCGAUUUGAAUCUCUUUACAAGAAUUGGAUCCGAUAUGCUAUAAGUUGUAACGUUGAAGAGCUUAACUUGGAGUUUCAGAGAUGGGAUUGGCAACCUGAGUUUCUGUUAGAUCAUUCUGUUUUCUUCAUCAAUUCAUGUUUUACUGAUCUGACAUUAUCAUACUGUAUAUUGAAUCCAAUUGGGGCGAUUAGUUGGAAAAAUCUUAGGACUUUGUGUAUAAUUUGUGGGAGUUUAGAUGAAGAUUUGAUUGAAAAUAUAUUAUGUGGGAGUCCUGUUUUGGAAACGUUGGUAUUGCAUAAUUGUUAUGGUUGUAAGCGGCUUGAUAUUACUUCAAAGAGUGUUAAAAAUUUGGUGUUAUCUGGAUUUAAAUUCGAUAUCAUUGAAAUGAAUGCUCCUAAUAUUUUAUCACUAACAAUCGAAGGUGAACUUUUGUUGUCGAGGUUUUUAUUGGUAAAUGUGACUUCUUUAGUGAAAGCGAACUUAAAUAGGAGAUGUAGAAAUAGCACGAAUGUCUUUACAAUGCCUGAAGCAGCUGAACAAGAGAUGUUUAAGGAAUUUAUACUAAAUCUUGGCCAUGUCAAGGAGCUUGAAAUUGGGUUUGAUUGUUCAAAGGUUAUUUCUUGUUUGCAAGCUAAAGGAUUUGUUGUUCCAUCAAAUGUGAAGCUGACUAGAAUAGAGUGACGGAAAUUAGUUUAUUGAAGAUGCUUUAAAUUAAUUAUUUUCGUUUUUUUUUUUUUUUAAGUUGACUUGGUUCCAUUUGCUUGCGGAUCAUGUUUUAUGUGAAAAUAGUAAUUGACAGUUUCAGGCAUUUGGUUAUAAUGAAUUAUUCUUAUUAUAAUUAGUUGUUACUCCAAAGUGUCUGUAUUGUAGUUUUAAAGUUGACUCCAGAACCCAUCCUUGCUCCUUAGUGACGACUCUUGAUCUUGAAAUCUUAUCUCUAAAUUGCCUAAAAUUUUGAAAUUUAACAUUUAUGAACCAGAUGUGUGUGGUAAGAUAUGGAUUAGGUGGGAACCUGUCUGACGAAAUGCAUGAGAGAAAUGAGAGAUGAUAAACAACCAAAUCAAACUUCUUUAAUAUAUUUAUCACUAAUAUUUCAGAAAGAAAAUGUGUAGUUUUCAAAGAAUAUUUCAAUUUUCACCUGCAAUACAGGGGUGUUUCUUGAGUUUUGAAGAUAUAAAACUGAAGUCUGAUUGGUUUUGUUGUUGAAAUAUUGAAUCACUAUCUGGUGGCAGUGACACAGAGACAAAAGGAGCGGCUGUGUGUGAGGGAGAGGAGCGGGAGUUUUGGAGAAGAAGGGAUGGAAUUUUUAUUUAUUUUCUUUCUCCUAAUAAAGAAAAUCAAAAAUAUAUUAAAAAUGGCAAAUAAGUCUUUUUAGGUAGGUGAAGAGUUAACUAGAUAGAUAUUGAAAACCACACAGACUUUCUAUAAGUAUGAGGUUUUUUAAAGUUAGAGACUAUAAUUUUGGGAAACCACAUGGACCAUUUAUGAA